GUGAUAAGAAAGGCGUUCUGGACUCCAGCCCCUUCCUGUCCGAGGCCAACGCUGAACGCAUCGUCAGAACUUUGUGUAAAGUCAGAGGAGCUGCAUUAAAACUGGGACAGAUGCUCAGCAUUCAAGAUGAUGCAUUCAUCAACCCCCAACUCGCCAAGAUCUUUGAGCGUGUAAGACAGAGUGCUGACUUCAUGCCAAUCAAGCAAAUGACAAAAGCGUUGAACAGUGACUUGGGUGCUAACUGGCGAGACAAGCUGGAAUCGUUUGAGGAGCGUCCGUUUGCAGCGGCAUCUAUCGGCCAAGUUCACCUGGCGAAGAUGAAGGACGGCAGGGAGGUGGCCAUGAAAAUACAGUACCCCGGUGUGGCUCAGAGCAUCAACAGCGACGUCAACAACUUGAUGACGGUGUUGAAUAUAAGCAAUGCCCUGCCUGAUGGUCUGUUUCCAGAGCACCUGAUAGACGUAAUGAGAAGAGAGCUAACACUAGAGUGCGAUUACAUUAGAGAAGCCCAGUGUGCAAAGAAGUUCAGGGAGCUUUUGAAGGACCAAGAGUUCUUCUACGUACCAGAGGUGAUCGAGGAGCUGAGCGGCAGCUAUGUCCUGACCACAGAGCUUGUCCCCGGGUUUCCUCUCGACCAGGCUGACAGCCUCACGCAGGAUCUGAAGAACGAGAUCUGCGAGAACAUCUUGAAGUUGUGCCUCAGAGAGCUGUUUGAGUUCAGAUACAUGCAGACUGACCCAAACUGGUCCAACUUCUUCUAUGAUCCACAGACACACAGGGUGGCACUGUUGGACUUUGGAGCCACGAGAGGAUUCGAUAGGAGUUUCACAGACGCCUACGUGGAGGUAAUCCGUUCAGCUGCUGAGGGCAACAGAGAGGGAGUUCUGAAGAAAUCUAUCGAGAUGAAGUUCCUGACCGGGUAUGAGUCCAAGGCAAUGAUGCAAGCCCACGUGGACGCAGUGAUGAUCCUCGGCGAAGCCUUUGCCUCCACAGACACGUUCGAGUUCGGCUCUCAGUCCACCACCGAGAGAAUCCACAACCUCAUCCCUGUGAUGCUCAAACACCGGCUCACCCCGCCUCCCGAGGAGACGUACUCACUCCACCGCAAGAUGGGAGGCUCAUUCCUUAUCUGUGCCCGGCUGAAUGCAAAGCUGAGUUGUAAGGACAUGUUCCAAACAAUAUAUCAAAAGUACUGGGAAGGCCGCACACCGCCCUCUCACUAAGCCUAAACCAACCCAGAGUGUCAGACGAUGUGAUGGAUCCUGCACGGCAAAGUGCAAAUCAACGGCGAGGUUGUGAAGACGCACAUCUGCAGGGCGGAGAUCAUGUUACCCGCCUUUAACUGGUAAUCAAGUACCAACUUAUUUUUUGCGUCCCACUACAAUGACUUUCUGAAAGGUACUUAUUAGCAGCCAUUAUUUCAUUGUUUGAGCGGGAGCAGCAACAGGUUGUCUGGAGUGCUUUAAGACCAAACUCUUUAUAUGGCCCCGCGAGGACAGACUGAAAAGGGAGAACGACAAACAGCCUCGGUAUCGUAGUUCAGGUGUGAAAUGAAUGUAAAAAGGUUGGAAUUUUAUCUCUUCUCUGAUGUUUUCAAGAUGAUUCUUGCAUUUGCUUGUGUUUUGCGUUGCUGUGUUUUGUUGAACUUUUGGAAAAUCACACCAACUGUCGAAUUUGCAGGAAAUGUUCUGGGUGAAAACAUGAACCAUUGAUUGUAUUAAGGAAGAGAAUUGAACUCUUUAUGUAGUAUAUGGUCAGUAUGGGGCACAGUAUUAGCCAGGACCAACAUGUCUGGAAAGUUUGAUUUAAAUUGUCUGGAUAUCAGUUACAUUGCUUACUAAAUAAAUGUCGCCGUUAUGAUGAGUACAAAUUGAUUUCACAAUGUUGCCAGGCGAUCAAGUUCAGGUUGAUUUAUAAAUGUGUAGAAAAUAUGACAAACUGGAACUAUCAGCAUUUGCACACAAGGAAAGGAUCACUUUUAACUCAUGUAUGUACAUUUUCUUUAUCCGUGUAGACAUCCAUAUUUCAGUUGCUGUUUGUAGCUUUUUUAGGUAAAAACUCUCGGGGCAGAAUAUGAAUUCAAACUGUCUCUUUCACCAUAACAUAACAUCCAGGAUCUAUUUGUGAUAAUGAACCUCGGGUUAAAGCUAUGUUUUAUAUUUUAUGUCCCGUCUGAUGAUUGUCUUCAAACUGUCCAUAUGAGCUCAUGAAUUCCAGUUGAAUACUAACAAAAAUGUUAGCAUUAUGGUCCAGAAUUUAAAUUCUGUCAGACACAAUUCAGUUUUUUUUGUACCAAAGCAUCUCUAUUCUACUGUAACUGCAGAACGAUAACAUCAUAGCAGCUCAGUGUGACUGAGCACAUCAACCUGUGUUUAAUCAUGAAUGUUGAUGAAGAAGAUCAUCCCAUCAUGUAAAACUCUUCUGCUGUUUGGAUACAGUUAUAAUGGUCUCUGGUGUGAAAAUAGAACAAAUAAAAUACAAGGUGCCUGUAGUUUCCAGUGUAAUGCUUUUAGCUUGAAAACUUCAUAUUUCAUAUCAAGAAUCUGUGAAAAGAUGGUUUAAAUGUUCUACAAAGAUAUUCCAUGAAAGACUAAAUGUUUGAUCUAUA